UUUUUUUUUUUUUGUCUCUUACUUGCUUGCAGUCUUUAGACUGCGAUCAUCCUGGAGCAUUGCAUUGGUUUUUCUUUCUUUUAAGCCUAGUACUUAAUUUAUUGGCCCCUCUCUAUUUUCGCCGAACCGCUAAGUUACCUGAACGUAAGCAAAUCAAAAUCGGGUGUCAAACGGUCGUCACACAUACACAUAUUAUACACCACGGGCUUCUUUUAGUUUCCGUUUACGAAGUUCCCUCACAAGGUUUUGGUCAGCCUGGUGUCAUAACAGAAGACACUCACCAAAUUCCUUGACCACUCAACCACGCCAGCGACCGUCCAUUAAUAUUUGACUUUGGUAAGGCUGCGAGCUGGUGGAACCGUUAGCACGCCUGACGGAAAUACUUAGCGGCAUUUAGUCCGUCUUUAUAUUCUGAGUUCAAAUUCCGCCGGGUUCUGAGUUCAAAUUCAGGGUCGAUAAAAUGAGUACCACUAGAACACUGGGGUCGAGUUCAUCGACUCAGCCUCACCCCCGGAACUUGUUGGCCUUGUGCCAAAAUUUAAAACCAUUAAUAUUAGACUUUCGAUUUUCAAUUGUCUUUUUUACGUUCAACUUGUCUCUCUGAGAUUAGAUGGUUGUGGUCAGUUAUUUUUUAAUUAUUUUGUUAAUUAAUUAGUUUGGCGAUCGCUCGUUGCGUUACCAUCAAUUUUUUUUAUACAGAAGAGACACAUUUUGGGUGGGACCGGCUUUCAGUCGCAGUUGUUUCAUCUAAUUGAUUUGGUGAGAUUUAAUUCAACUUAUCGAUCUCUUUAACCAAGCAACUGUUUAUAUAUAUAUAUAUAUAUAUAUGUAUAUACAUACAUAUCUUAGCCAAAAUAUUUGUGAGAAAAUAUCAGCAUUUUACCAGAAUUUUGGAAGUCAGAGACAUUGAAGAAUUUUUUACAUACAAAGCAUCAUCAAUGUUUAUUACGUUUUGAUUACUAAAGGAUGGUAUUAUACAAAAUAGAUGUAAACCUGUUUAUGUAAGUCUUUGGUAGAAUUACCAUGAAAUAUUGAAAUAUUUCCCCAGUGAGAUUAAUUGCAACAUUCUUCUCCUUGAUUGUUUGUGAUGUGUACAAAAUGGUUUUUCCAUUGUAAUCAUAUUCAAUGAACUUUACGUCAUCUGUAGAUAUUAAAAAACAAAAAUGUCACAGUUGCUAGAAUUAAAAGCAACAGGAAUAUUUGUCAGGAAUGAAAUAUAAAAACGAAAAGCGAAACUUGUGUUGAGGUGGAAGAAGAAGAAGAAGUAGAAAAAAUGGAAAAUGAAUUACAUGAGGACCAGGUUGGAUUCAGAGCACCCUCCAAGAGGAUUGAUUAUUCCAACAAGCUGCUGAAAAACAAUGGAAAAGCUAUGUACCACUGCGAAAUCUGUAAAAAGUCAUUCUCCCAGAAAGGUAACCUAACUAUUCACAAACGCAUUCAUACAGGAGAGAAACCAUAUCAGUGUGAUAUCUGUGGAAAAUCCUUUGCUGGAAGCAGUGACUUAACAACACAUAAACGUAUUCAUACAGGGGAAAAACCAUAUCACUGUGAUAUCUGUGGUAAAUCAUUCUCUCUUACAGGUAACUUAACUACUCACAAGCGUACUCACACAGGAGAGAAACCAUAUCACUGUGAUAUCUGUGGUAAAUUAUUCUCCCAUGUAGUUAGCUUAAGUAGUCACAGGCAUGUUCAUACAGGAGAGAAGCCAUACCAUUGUAAUGUUUGUGGUAAAUCAUUCUCUUUAAGAAGUAACUUAACUGUUCACAAUUAUAUUCAUACAGGACAGAAGGUAUAUCACUGUGAUAUCUGCGGUAAAUCGUUCUCGCGAAAUAGUGUCUUGGCUAUCCACAAACACAUCCAUACAGGAGAAAAGCCAUAUGACUGUGAUAUCUGUGGUAAGCUAUUCUCCCGGAGUGGGGAUUUAUCUAACCACAAACGUAUUCAUACAGGAGAGAAACCAUUUCACUGUGAUAUCUGCGGUAAGUCAUUUGCUCAAAGAAGUAGUUUAACUGCUCACAAACGUAUUCAUAUGAAGGACAAGCGGUAUCACUGUGAUAUCUGUGGGAAAGCAUUCUCUCGGAAACGUCAGUUAACUACACAUGAAUGUAUUCAGGCAAAAGAUUAAUUCUAUGAACAUCAAAAAUCAUUCAAGGAAAGUAAUAUUUAUUGGCACUUUGUCGGUUAUGACAAUGGGGGUUCCAGUUGAUCCGAUUGACGGAACAGCCUGCUUGUUAAAUUAAUGUGCAAGUGGCUGAGCACUCCACAGACACGUGUACCCUUAACGUAGUUCCCAAAGAGAUUCAGCGCGACACAGAAUGUGACACGGUUGGUCCCUUUGUAAUUACAGGUACAACUCGUUUUUGCCGGCUGAGUGGACUGGUGCAACAAGAAAUAAAGUCGGAAUCUUGGGGUUAGUAGCCUGUGCUCUUAACCACUACGCCAUAUGCCCAUGGGCUGUAAGGGAUGAUGAUUAAUUUGCUGUUAACA